AGAUUUUCGAGUUAAAGGCUGAACUGAACAAUGAGAAGAAAGAGAAGCGUAAGGAAGCAGUGAAGAAGGUCAUCGCUGCCAUGACAGUUGGCAAAGAUGUGAGUUCUCUGUUUCCAGAUGUAGUGAAUUGCAUGCAGACAGACAACCUGGAGCUGAAGAAACUUGUAUACCUGUACCUGAUGAACUAUGCCAAGAGCCAGCCAGACAUGGCUAUUAUGGCUGUAAACAGCUUUGUCAAGGAUUGUGAGGACCCCAACCCUCUGAUUCGGGCCUUGGCUGUGCGCACCAUGGGAUGCAUCCGUGUAGAUAAGAUCACAGAGUACCUCUGUGAGCCUCUGCGCAAGUGCCUGAAGGAUGAAGACCCUUAUGUACGCAAGACAGCUGCUGUGUGUGUUGCCAAACUUCAUGAUAUUAAUGCACAGAUGGUGGAGGAUCAAGGCUUUCUGGACUCGCUGCGUGAUCUCAUAGCAGACUCCAACCCAAUGGUGGUAGCCAAUGCAGUGGCCGCUCUCUCUGAAAUCAGUGAGUCUCACCCCAAUAGCAACCUGCUCGACCUGAAUCCACAAAACAUCAACAAAUUGCUGACUGCCCUGAACGAAUGCACUGAGUGGGGUCAGAUCUUUAUUUUGGACUGUCUGUCCAACUACAAUCCUAAGGACGAAAGGGAGGCACAAAGUAUAUGUGAGCGUGUCACUCCUCGUCUGUCACAUGCUAACUCUGCUGUAGUCCUGUCUGCUGUUAAAGUCCUCAUGAAGUUUCUGGAGCUGCUGCCUAAAGACUCUGACUAUUACACCAUGCUUCUUAAAAAGUUGGCUCCUCCUUUGGUCACCCUACUUUCCGGGGAGCCUGAAGUCCAAUAUGUGGCUUUACGAAAUAUCAACCUCAUUGUCCAGAAAAGGCCAGAGAUCUUGAAGCAAGAAAUCAAGGUGUUCUUUGUCAAAUACAAUGAUCCAAUUUAUGUGAAACUGGAAAAGCUGGAUAUUAUGAUACGGCUGGCAUCGCAGGCCAACAUUGCUCAGGUGUUGGCUGAGCUGAAGGAAUAUGCUACUGAAGUGGAUGUUGAUUUUGUCAGGAAGGCAGUCCGUGCCAUUGGCAGAUGUGCCAUCAAAGUUGAGCAAUCUGCAGAGCGCUGCGUGAGCACCCUCCUUGACCUCAUCCAGACAAAGGUGAACUACGUGGUACAAGAAGCUAUUGUCGUCAUUCGGGACAUCUUCCGCAAGUACCCCAACAAGUAUGAAAGCAUCAUUGCCACUUUAUGUGAGAAUCUGGAUUCCCUGGAUGAGCCCGACGCCCGAGCUGCCAUGAUCUGGAUUGUUGGAGAAUAUGCUGAGCGCAUUGACAAUGCUGAUGAACUGCUGGAGAGCUUUUUGGAAGGAUUCCAUGAUGAGAGCACACAGGUGCAGCUCACUCUUCUGACUGCCAUUGUCAAACUGUUCUUGAAGAAACCAUCGGAGACGCAAGAGUUGGUACAACAAGUUCUCAGUCUAGCUACUCAGGAUUCUGAUAACCCUGACUUACGUGACCGAGGAUACAUUUACUGGCGUUUACUCUCUACUGACCCUGUCACUGCCAAGGAGGUGGUGCUUUCAGAGAAGCCACUGAUCUCUGAGGAGACUGACCUCAUUGAGCCCACAUUGCUGGAUGAGUUGAUUUGCCAUAUUGGCUCUCUGGCUUCAGUUUAUCACAAACCACCAAACGCCUUUGUAGAAGGCAGUCAUGGAGUUCACCGCAAACACCUGCCAAUCCAGCAUGGAAGCAUUGAUAUCGGUGACAGCCCUGUAGGACCUGCUCCAGCAGCUGCUCUCGAGCAGCCACAGGUCAUUCCCUCGCAAGGAGACCUCUUGGGUGAUCUUCUCAACUUAGACCUAGGACCUCCAGGAAAUGUACCCCAAGUGUCCACAAUGCAGAUGGGAGCCGUGGAUCUGCUUGGUGGAGGUCUAGAUAGUCUGAUGGGAGAGGAUACGCAAUGGUUGGGAAGUGACCUUGGAGGUGGAAUUGGUGGAAGUCCAGCGGUUGGACAGACUUUUAUCCCUUCCUCUGUCCCGGCUACCUUUGCACCAUCACCCACUCCAGCUGUGGUUAGCAGUGGACUCAAUGACCUGUUUGAACUUUCAACCGGCAUCGGGAUGGCCCCAGGGGGAUUUGUUUCCCCGAAAGCUGUUUGGCUGCCUGCUGUGAAAGCAAAGGGAUUGGAGAUCUCUGGCACAUUCUCUCACAGACAAGGGCACAUCUACAUGGACAUGAACUUUACCAACAAGGCCCUGCAGCACAUGACGGACUUUGCCAUUCAGUUUAACAAGAAUAGCUUUGGAGUAAUUCCCAGUGCCCCCCUGGCUAUACAUACACCCCUCAUGCCAAACCAAAGCAUUGACAUUUCUCUGCCUCUCAAUACUCUGGGACCUGUCAUGAAAAUGGAGCCACUUAAUAACCUCCAGGUGGCUGUGAAAAACAACAUUGAUGUUUUCUACUUUAGCUGCCUCAUCCCUUUACACGUACUGUUUGUGGAAGAUGGCAAAAUGGAGCGCCAAGUCUUUCUGGCCACAUGGAAAGAUAUACCUAAUGAAAAUGAGUUGCAGUUCCAGAUCAAAGAGUGCCACCUGAAUGCAGACUCUGUUUCAAGCAAGCUACAGAAUAACAAUGUUUACACUAUUGCUAAGAGGAAUGUGGAAGGGCAGGAUAUGCUGUACCAGUCCCUCAAACUUACCAAUGGCAUCUGGAUCUUGGCAGAGCUGAGGAUCCAGCCUGGGAACCCUAAUUACACACUUUCCCUGAAGUGCCGUGCUCCCGAGGUGUGUAAUUACGUAUACCAGGUGUAUGACUCCAUCUUGAAGACCUAAUAUAACCGUUUUAUGGCUGACCUCUUAUAGAUGUAUGCUAACUACUUCUCAUGUAAUAUGUCUCACUCUACCCUAUUAUUCUUACAAUGUAUUGGACCAUCCAUUUCAACAUUUGAAAGCUCUGAUGUCAGAGCCUCUAGCAGUAAAGGAGCUAAUAGGAAUUUUAGGAAUUUGGAGCAAGCACUUUUUAAAAUCUGAAAUCUCUCCAAUCUGAUACUGUGCCAAUAAUUUGACAGAGGCAUCAGCUGCACAGAUUAAUCACUUGUUGAAUUACAUGAGUACACACACACACACACAUAUGUAUGUGUGUGCGUAUGUAUAUGUAGGCCAAUAGUUCACUCAUAUUCAUUGACAUGAAAUAGAUUUUCUUUAUCAAUAUGAUGUGCUUGCUAUCCAGCGCGCCUAAAUAUUUAUUCAGUGUGUAGACGUUCUUUGCCAACGUAAAUGCCAUAUUGAAGUAGAAGAGAAAGUAGUGGUAGACUGUGCAAGUAGAGAGGUGUGUGUACUGGUGCUCUGUGUGCUUACUGUGCACAGCACCAAAGUGUUUUAUAUCUAGGACAUAUGUUAUGUUAGCCCACUUGGUUUCUCCUUAAUACUUUUUCUAUUUGCCCACCAUGGUUUUAAUAACUUUUUGUCAUAGGUAAAUAUAAAUAUGUUUGUCACUUGGUGCCACUCCCAUUGUUCUUGUGAUAUACCAUGGUAUUUUAUCACCUUUGUACACACAUUUACAUUCCAUUCUAGUGGUCCGUGCAUUGCAGCCUAAAGGAGCAUGUGGCUUGUUAAUCGUAAAAUCUAAUUCCCUAUGUUGCUAUCUCAGAAAUAUUGACAGAACCAAUAAAAAAUGUAUUUCAGAAAAAAAA